CCGACCUCUUUUACCUUGUGAAUAAUUAUGUCAUCACCUCCAUUAUUCUUUUGGUGUUCUCAAUUGAAAUGCCAAGCAUUAAAUGAGCCACAAAGAUUGAAUUCCCAUUAUCCUUGAAUCAGAGCAAGCCUGUCGUGCAGCCAUGAGUUAGUGGAGAAAAAUCCGGAGUUAGAGAAGAUUAUAAAUGGCAGAGCCAUUUAACUGUGGUUAGCUGUUGGAUUCUGAUACUUUCUUAAAAAUACGUUCUUGCACCAACAUCUUCAUUGGGAACAGUUCAGAAAAAGCAAAGAGGAGAGACAACAUUCACAUUUACCAUGGCUAUACCAAUAACAGUGCUUGACUGUGACCUCUUGCUAUAUGGCCGUGGUCACCGGACAUUGGACCGUUUUAAGCUGGAUGAUGUGACUGAUGAAUACUUGAUGUCCAUGUAUGGAUUUCCACGGCAGUUCAUUUAUUACUUGGUGGAGCUCUUGGGGGCGAAUCUUUCUAGGCCUACUCAGCGAUCCAGGGCUAUUAGCCCAGAGACACAGGUCCUUGCAGCAUUGGGUUUUUAUACCUCAGGUUCCUUCCAGACUCGGAUGGGAGAUGCCAUUGGAAUCAGUCAGGCGUCUAUGAGUCGUUGUGUUGCCAAUGUCACUGAAGCACUUGUGGAAAGGGCCUCACAGUUCAUUCGCUUUCCAGCUGAUGAAGCCUCCAUUCAGGCUCUGAAGGAUGAAUUCUAUGGGUUGGCAGGGAUGCCAGGGGUGAUGGGGGUGGUUGACUGUAUCCAUGUGGCCAUCAAGGCACCAAAUGCUGAAGACCUCUCCUAUGUGAACCGAAAAGGCCUGCAUUCUUUAAACUGCCUGAUGGUGUGUGACAUUAGAGGGACACUAAUGACCGUGGAGACAAACUGGCCCGGCAGCCUACAGGACUGUGCUGUGCUGCAGCAGUCUUCCCUCAGUAGUCAGUUUGAAGCGGGUAUGCACAAAGAUAGCUGGCUUCUGGGUGACAGUUCCUUCUUUCUUCGAACCUGGCUCAUGACCCCACUUCACGUUCCUGAAACUCCAGCAGAAUAUCGCUAUAACAUGGCCCAUUCUGCAACUCACAGUGUGAUUGAGAAGACUUUCCGAACCCUCUGCUCCCGAUUCCGCUGCCUGGAUGGAUCCAAGGGGGCACUGCAGUACUCACCAGAGAAAUCCAGCCAUAUCAUCUUGGCCUGUUGUGUCCUCCACAACAUCUCCCUGGAGCAUGGGAUGGAUGUUUGGUCCUCUCCAAUGACAGGACCCAUGGAACAGCCCCCGGAAGAAGAGUAUGAGCACAUGGAGUCCCUGGACUUAGAGGCUGACCGUAUUCGUCAGGAGCUAAUGCUCACUCAUUUUAGCUAAUGUAGAAGGUGGAGAGGAGGGAUACUUCCCAGGAGUUGUGACAGACUUUCCUCCUCAUCACCUUCUACACAGUUCCAUCAUCUAGCAUGACUGAGUAUACAGAUACUUGUCAUAAACUGACAUUUAAUAUGUGUGUUUUGGUAAGGUUGGGGCUAUGCCAGAAUAUCUUGAUUCAUUUGCAAAUGCAUUAAUUAAACCGAAACCAAGA